CUCGAUGUAGAAACCAAUUAGUAGCAGUUCUUAUAGGCUAAGGUCUGCUGCCUUCGGUUCUCUCCCAUUCUGCUGCCUGUUGAUAGCAGUGUUUUUAAGCCAUGGCAUCAAAUCAAAGCAGAAACAUUGCUCUUGGGGUAGCUUUUUUUGGCGCACUGGCCUUCCUACUUGGUGUCGUUGCUGAAAACAAAAAGCCUGCUCAGGGGACUCCAGUUCCUAUGAAAGAUUAUAUUCUGUGCAAAUUUCCAAAAGAUCCAACCGUUGCUUUGGGAGGCUUAUCUGUGUUAGCUCUUUUGAUAAGUGCUGCUCUAGGCCUGCUUGCUGUGUUCUUCCCUUAUAAAGGCCAGUCCGUACCCAAAAGUGCACUUUUCCAUAGCAUGACUAUGCGUGUAUUUUUCCUCGUCGCAACGCUGGUAACACUGUUCGCCGGAGCCAUGAUGAUGUGGGUGACGAUCACUGAAGGACUUCAUCGAACCAGAAACCGGCAUUAUACCGCGGACUAUGAGUGCCCGACCGCUAAGACCGGACUCUUCGGCGGCGCUGCUUUCUUGGCCCUCGAUGCCGCUCUGUUCUGGCUCGUAUGCCACAUGCUAACUCUCAAUGCUAGAUCCGAUUACUUGGAAGAUGACGACUCUAAAGGGGAUUACGGUGAAGUUCUCACUACAUAUUACGAUUCUCGUGUUGCAGCAGAGCAUCCGUGA